AUGCCCCGAAGUCAAGGAAGGAGAGAUUAACGUGCACCUCAUCCCUCACAGCCACAUUGACGUGGGCUGGGUCAAGACUGUUGAGCAGUACUACGUUGGCGAAAGUAGGUAUUCUUUGGUUCCAAAUGUGUGGGCCUCUGGUUGUGUCCGGUGCACGUUCAACUCAACCAUCACGGAACUGUUAAAGGACAAGUCGAGGAGGUUCAUCUUGGUGGAGAUGAAGUAUCUGUCUCGUUACUGGAAUGAGAUCGACGAUAAACAGCGGGCAGACAUUCUGCAGCUGAUUAAAGAACGUCGUCUGGAGAUCAUCAACGGAGGCUGGGUCAUGAGCGACGCCGCGGUCACCAUGUACAAUGACAUCAUCGACCAGCAGACACUGGGCUUUGACUUCAUCCGGGACAAGCUGGGCUCCUGUGCUCAGCCCAGGGCUGGCUGGCAUGUGGACCAGUUUGGUCAUUCCAGGGAGCACGCGUCCAUUUUUGCCCAGAUGGGUUUCGACUCGCUUUUCAUUGGGCGCAUGGACUUCCACGACUUCCAGGUGAGAACGGCAGAGAAGAGCCUAGAGCUAGUCUGGAUGACCAGCCCUAAAAACUUGAAGGUAAAAUCUCAUCUGUUCACACAUGCAAUAUACGACGGCUAUUAUUCGCCUACCAGUUUUAAUUUUGAAUUAGGCGGUUUCAAGUGGAAUGAUCCCCUGGUUGCAGAGAAGGCUGCGACAGACUUUAUUACA